AUGAAUAAGAUAACACAAUCACAUAUUGAAAAGAUGAAGAAUAUACGUGGGAUAGAUCGAUCACAUGUAGAGAUUAAAGAAAGAUUGAAACAACGAUGUUUUGAUAGAAUACAAGAAGUUAGAAAAUCAUUGGUACAAAGUGAAAGAGCAAAGGGCAGUAGCAGUAGUGGUAAUGGUCAAGUAGCAGUAGCACAACCAAAGCAUGGUGCAAUUCCUCCCAAGUCUCCACUUAAAGCAAAUAUCAAUAUUAAAUCAACAUUAUUAAAAGAGUAUGAUGCAAUGAAACUAGACUUUCAAAUGGCAGAUUCUUCCUCCUCUUCCUCCUCUAGAACCUCGUCGUCUCAACUACAACCACAAUACUCCUCCUCUGAAGAUGAUGGUGAGCAACAAGACCCCCGUUUCUUUAUGUUGAGUGAAGAAGAACAAGAACAAUUACUUUUAGAGUUACAAGCCUAUGUAGAUAUGGAGGAAAUGGAAGAAAGAGAGAGAUUAGAAAGGGAAGAAAUUGAAGAAAUUGCAUACUAUGCAUCAGAAUAUGAACAAUAUAUGAACGAGCAACGAAAUUGGUAA